GCGUGCUCGACAGUGAGAAACUGCACAGAGAUCAGACAGCCUGCACAUCCACAGCGAGAGAGAGAGAGAGAGAGAGAGUGUGUGUGUGUGUGUGAGAUGAAGAUGAGCUUCUUUCUUCAUGCACAAUAAGACUUGAGGCGUGAAAGUAAACGGUUCUGCUUUAUUUCACAGGUUUAGCGGCUCAUUUUGACAGAACUCUAGGGUUGAUCAUUAUAGCAUGAAUAAACCUCGCUCACUUCCGGCCGGAGACGCCGUAUUCCUUUUAUAGCAGCUGGGGAAUAUCUCCUUUAUUUUACACUCCUCGAGAAGAAGUCAGUUCCGCCCAGAACCGGGAGUGACGUCACAGGCGACGGCUCGACGAAAUCCAGUUCAGAAGCGCGCCGCUCAGUGCAGGACAGCAGUGCCGACAGCAGCCGGGAGAACUGGUGUAAUGAUUCUGCAUGAGACUAAUCUGGAUUCAGAGACACUGAAGAUAAAGUCCUGAAAAAAAAGACUAAAUCAACUCCGAAACAUUUUCACAAUCUUUUAGUAGGUUUUCAAAAUUAUAUUGAAGCAUCUCUUAGAUUCUCCUAAAACACUACUGAAGAGAUCCUGAAAUGAUAAUGAACCACUACUGAAACUACUAAUUCAGUAGUCAGGAAAAACUGCUGAAACUUCAAACAUUCCUAAAACACUAGUGUAAGAAAUGCACAUGAAGCAACUGUGAAACAAACAUUCCUGAAACAGUUCUAAAACAAACUGACCUAAAAAAAAAAAUAGUAAACACUGCUGAAGAAAACUGAAAUGAUUCUGAAAAAAAUGUAAACAAACGUUCCUGAAACUGAAAUGCUGGAAAAACUACUGAAACAAACACUUCUCACUGCUGGAUAUGCAACUGCAGAGUAAAUGAUACUGAAAUAAAUAUCCUGAAACACUAUUAAAACAUUAUCGAAAGACAACUGAAACUCCCCUUAAAACAUGACACAUUUUUUGUAAAUGUUACAAUUUUCCUGAAACAAUAUUGAAACAUUAAACAAAAGACAACUGAAACAUUGUUACAACUCGCCAAAAACAUUAUUGAAACAAAACUAAAACAUUAUUACAACUUAAAACUUAAAAUGCUAUUAAAAUAAUACUGAAACAUUGUACAACUCUCCUGAAACAUUGACACAACUGUCCUGACAUGAAACAUUGUUAAAAGUUCUCUGAAAUGCUGUUGAAAAACAACUGAAGCAUUGUUACAACUCGCCUAAAACAUUACUGAAACAAACCUAAAGCAUUGUAAUAUUACUGAAAGAAACAACAGAAUUUUUUUGUUUUGUUUAGUAGCACCUCUUCUAGAAUGCAAUUGAAACAUUACUGAAACAAACAUGAAACAUUGUAACUACUUUCCUGAAAUGCUAUUAACACUACUGAAAUAAUCCUCAAACAUUGUUACAAAUUUCCAGAAAUGCUAUUGAAACAUUAAUGAAAAGCAACUGAAACAACUCUCCUAAAACAUUACUGAAACAAAGACAUUGCUACAACUUUCUUGAAAUGCUAUAGAAACAUUCCUGAAACAAAACUGAAACAUUGUACAUCUCUCCCGAAACAUUAGACAUGUUGAUUUUACUGUCUUGAAACAAUAUUGAAACAUUACUGAAAAACAACUGAAACAUUGUAGCAACUCUCCCUGAAACGCUUUUGAAACAUUACUGAAACAUUGUAGCAACUCUAUAAAAACAUUACUGAUACAUUACUGAAACAUUGUAACAGCUCUUCUGAAACCAACUUGCAACAUUGUUACAACUUUCUUAAAACACUAUUAAAACGUUACUGAAAGAAACAGCUGAAUUUUCUUCUGAAAAACAACUGAAACAAAUCUCCCAUAACACUACUGAAAAGAUUCUGAAACUCUACUGAAACUUGAUCUGGGCAUUAUGUUUUGGAGUGUGUGAGUGUAUCAUCAUCAUCAUCAGUAUGUCCACCAGAGCCGAGCUGCCGCUCUGCUGCUCUACGUGUGGAGAGUCGUGUGUGUUUGGAGAGCACCGGUCUAGCAUCUGCUCCUGCAAGAAGCUCAGCUUAACCCCACGUCGGAGCUCUGAAGGUGGCCUGAUGUCUCUGUACUCUCAGAGAGAAAGCAGCAUCACCCGGCCUCUCCGUCUGGAGCUCCUGGACGCCCUGAGUUUGGCGACCGGCCCGCUCCGGAAGAUCCUCAUCCAGCGAGAUUCACCCUCCGCUCUUCCUCCAGUUCUGGCAGUCGCCGUGAGCUCCAGAGCUCCAGAAAUGGAGGCAGACUCCGGUCACGCUGUGGCCCGGCUGGGUGUGCCAUGGCUGGGCAGGCUGGCUCUGGAGGCCCGGCUUCAGCAGCUGGCUCUGGAAGUCCAGGAACGGGUGUCGCUCAAACUGGAGGUACUUCAGGAGGAGGUGAAGAGGAGGAGCGCGGAGGUGCGGAGAGCCAGAAGAGAGAGCGAGAAAAUGCUGACCGAAAAAUAUGAGGUGGAGAAAAGAGCGGCUCAACUGGAGAGACAAGUGGACAUUUCUGUGGAGAUGCUGGCGAGUCUGAGAUAUGAGCUGAGCGAUCGAGACGAGCAACUACGCAGAAAACAACAGGAAGUGUGUGAGCUGGACAGGUUUGUGCGAGACACGGCACUGCAGGAAGCGAGUGCAAAGAUCCGUCUGCAACGUUUCAUUGAGGAUCUGCUGGAGCGAGCGGAGAGAGCAGAAACACAGCUGCAGAACAUACACAAUGAUGUCACUUCCCCUCACAGACACCUGACAGGAAGUAGAGCCGCAGGAUACCAGAGGAGUUACAGUGUGUCGGGGAUGAGCAGAAGAUCUUCACAUCUGUCUGAUCACAGAUCUGCUCAACACUACAGGUAUGAGCGGAGGCCGCGGACAUUGUCAGUGGGAUCAGGGGGUUGCGAGGGCCACUGUUACGCCCGUCAGUACCAGCGUGUGUUUUACGGAGAUGUGGAGGAUCCAGACAUACACUACAGGAGCCAACACACAGACGCAGAGUCAGACAACUGGAGCAUUUACACUGACGACACACAACUGCACAGCGGAUACAGCAGCACGGGUCAGGAUCUCCACUGGUGCGUGAACAGAGUCAGUGGGUCAACUGAGAGUUCAGAACGUCUGCGGCUCAAAGCGGCUCUGUUCUGUGUGUUCAUCUACCUGGACACACACACUCUGCUGACCGCCGCUGAGGUGUGUAAAGACUGGCGGAGUGUCGCUCGUCAUCCUGCUGUGUGGACCAGAGUAACACUAGAGAACGCACGCGUGUCCACCAAGUUUCUGCAGACUCUGUCUCAGUGGUGCAGUCAGACUCAGUGUCUCGUUCUUCAGAACCUUAAACCACGAGCUCGAGCCAAGAAAGAAAGCAAAGACGAGUACAUCCGAAGCACCAGGGGCGGACUGGAGGCGGGACUGGAGGCGGUGCUAAAGGCAGCAGGGCGGAGUCUGGUGGUUUUGAGCAUCUCUAAUUGCUCGAAUAUUUUGACGGACAGGUGUUUGUGGCUCGUCAGCUGUCACUGCCGCUCACUGCAGUCGCUCACAUACAGGAGUGCGUCAGAUCCAGUGGGUCAGGAGGUGAUCUGGGCUCUGGGCGCAGGAUGUCGAGACAUCACUGCGCUACGAAUCGCUCCCAUACAGCCGUGCCUGCAGCCCAGUCGCUUCAGUAACCGAUGCUUGCAGCUGAUUGGCCGCUGCUGGCCGAAUCUGUGCCGGGUGGGUGUGGGCGGAGCCGGCUGUGGUGUGCAGGGAUUGGCUUCUCUGGUAAGGAACUGUGUGAAUCUGUGUGUGCUGGAGCUCCAUCAUAUGAAUGAACUGAACCAGGAGGCGGCGCUAGAGAUCUGCAGAGACGGCCUUCAGCAGCUACACACACUGGCAUUCAUCUGCACACCCGUCACCGCUAAAGCUAUCCUGCACUUCACAAGUGUGUGUCCGAGUCUGAAGUGUGUGGUGGUUCAGUUGUCUAUAGCGGAUUACUUUGAGGAUGCUGAAAAUGAAGAGGCCAAGAGAUUAUUUGAGGAGAUCGUCAACAAUCUACAGGCGUUGAGAAAGAGACCCGGCCUGUGUGACGUCCUUCAGAUCAAAGUGGACAAACCCUGAAAAUACACGUUACUGUGACAAUCUGAUGCACACACACACACACACAUGCACAAACAAACACACACACA